AUGCACCUCACCUCCCCCUUCUUCAACCUCCUCCCCCUCUUCCUCGCCGCAUCGACAGCCCACAUCUUACCCGUGCCCUCUGCUCCCCUAUCACGCGCUCCAGAACCGCACUCCGCCCUCUCCCGCCGCGACGUCAAGCUCUCCGGCUGCGGCGACAUCCUCGUCUCUCAGGUCUCCGGCUCCACAACCAGCGUCAACGGCUGUCUUGACGUGAACGGGAAGUGGGUCACGGAUGGCGCAUGCGCGCGAUAUUUCGUCUAUGGCGACGCCACCGGUACGACGUGCCCUGAUUAUUUGAGUAGAGGGUUCUUCACGGUUUCGUCUCUUUGGUUUUCUGGCUUGCUCGGCAUAGCCCCACUGGUAUAA